GCUAUCCUCACAGUCUCUCAGUCACCACCACCAUGCCAUUAUCGGCGACGCUCUCACCUCCAACACUCUCUCUCUUCCCUCAAUUUCAACCCCCGCACCAAUCAAACCUUCAUCUCCCUCACAACCUCACUCCAUUUCUCAAACCCAAACGACUCUUCACUCCCCAAUUCGCCGCUCGACGAAGCCCUAAUUACCCACAGGGCGGCGGCGGCGGCGGUGAUGGCUUCGUCGACGAUCCUCGCAAUUGGAGCCGCACAAUAAACUCCGAGAUUGACCGGCCCUACGGCUUUGACGACGAAGACGAGGACGCUGAGGACGAAGACGACGAUGACGAAGAAGAUAGGAGCUUGGAUCUGCUGGUGAGGUUUGUGCAGAAUGUGUUCAAGAAGGUAUCGAAGCGAGCCAGGAGGGCCGUCCGAUCGGUUCUUCCCGUUGCAAUCCCCACCAAGUUGGUGGGGUUUUCUGUGAAUGGGGUGCUAUUGCUGGCGUUUUUGUGGGUCUUGAAGGCAUUUCUUGAGGUCAUUUGCACCCUUGGUAGCCUAGUCUUUGUAAGCAUCUUACUGAUUCGUGGGAUCUGGAUUGGAGUGGCUUAUGUACAAGAAAACCGCAACCAUAAAAUCGGCAAUUUUGAAGAUGAAAGCCGCCCAUGGACUGGCGCACAGCCAGCUACCUGAUACAUACUCUUAAGAAAUAUUCUUCAGUUUUAAUCUUACACAGAAAUAAGAGCAUCCAUAAAAAGGAGGACUUCUUGGCAUCAAGGAUGACGAGAAGAUAACUUCAGAAUAUGAUUGAGCAUAAACUUUGGUCUCAUCUUGUAGAGUUUAUGAUGACAACUUCCUGCCUGAACAGGUAGGCUAGAUAUUCAUGUAAUCCUGUGAUACUGAUUGACCACCCAAGUAUAUAAAACCAGGAAGAAAUGUAGCUUUAUAUUUGGUGGGGAGGGUUCUCUUGUAUGAUACACAUCAGAUCAACAGCAUACUGUCAAAAAUAAAAUCGGCCAGCUGCUUUCUUUCCUCUUCAGCUGUCAUUGUGCU